AUGUCAGACGAAGACCCAUACUCUCAGGACGAAACAGAAAGGAAAUGGGAACAGGCUGAAGAACUGUGGCUGGGAGGCGCACCGAAGUUAGUCGUGCUUCCUGGGGCUUCUUCGCACGCCGCGUCCUUUCAGAUCGAGAAGGAAGAUCACACGCUUGGGAAUGCGCUGCGGUAUUUCGUCAACAAGAAUCCUGAUGUCGAGUUCUGCGGGUAUACCAUUCCGCAUCCUUCAGAGACGAAGAUGAACAUUCGGAUACAGACUUGGGAGGACACCAAGACAACAGCAACUGACGCACUGAGGAAGGGACUGGAAGAUAUGAUCGAAGCAUGCGACGUGAUCUCGGAGAAGUUCCAUGAUGCACGGGACGAGUUCGACGCGAAGGCGUCAUGA